UUUUGCGUCCGGUUCGACGAGUCAUGCUGUUUCUUCCGGUCCAUGCAGACCGCCGUUUCAGUAUCUGUAGGAUUGACGGUGAAGAUGGUAGAUGAAGCUGGUGACAGAGAUGAGUCCUCAAAUGUUGCCAUUAUCAGGGAGGUGUAUGACAGUGAAAAUGCUCAUGAGACAUUUGAAUAUGAGUUAGAGAGAGCUUUAGAAUCAGAAUGCAGUCUAAUUGUUAUCGAACCAUCAAAAUUAGGUGAUGAAACCUCUAGAUGGAUAGCAGUAGGAAAUUGUCUUCACAAAACUGCUGCAUUGUCAGGUCUUGCUGCGAUUGCCACAGGGCUAAUCUGGGGUGAUCGACCAUAUAUCUGUGGUCCAUUAGGUUUUACAUCUAUUAUAACCUGUGGAUUAUAUACAGUCUCCUGGCAAUUUGACCCUUGUUGUCAGUAUCAAGUAGAGACUGACACCAGCAAGUUACCGCACGUAGAGCUAUUAGCUGUUCUAGGUCCAUCGUCUCCAACGUUUCUUGUUAGGAAAGAUGAUACAAGGAGACGAAUUCUUCACACAACUAUUACAUUGGCAGCGUUCAGCAUUACCGCCUGGAGAGUGUAUCAAGCAUUCAAGUGAAAGAAUUAUUACUGGCAUCAGAUGUGACUUGAAUCAGAACGAAACAAUAAGGUGAAUGCUGAUUAUGUGAUUUGAAAAAAACCACAUAAACACAAGUAACAAAUGGCAGAUUUUACAUUGAAUCAGAAUUUUUACAUUGGCAUGUGAUUUCCUUAAGAUUUUACAUCGUUACUCUUUGAACUCCACCUUGGCAAAAUUGUCAAAGAUAACUGUAUAAUUGUAUGAAAUUGCAAAGACCAUAUACAUGCAGCCUCUAUAAUGAAGGAAAAAAAAUAUUGACAUAAGUGUUCUUAGAACUAUGAAAUUUGCAAUGGAUUUAGCAUUAUGUAUUUUUUAGAUUGUAAAUAAAAUAGGUAGACAGAGAAUACAGUACAUAUGGUAUGUCAAAGGGUAUGUUGCCUAGAUUUUCUCACCCAACAGAAAACAAUCUAUGUUGAAGUUAUACGAUAUUAGAACAAUAUGUUGACCACGAAAACUCAGUAUAAUUUUAGACUUUGAUUAUUUUAUUAAUCAUAAAUGUAGAAUAAGAUACCUUAUUUUAUCACAAACGCGCGUAUAAAACACUUUAUCGUUUGCAUCAUUUUUGUCAAAUAGAAGUUGAUAUCGCGAACAUUCCUGUAAAUGUCUAAUAAUAAUAAAAACUAAAGUCCUGUACAUUAUAUAUGUAAACUUUCUUCGCGUAAAAUUUGUGGUCACAUGAACGAAAUUGUUCUCGUCUAUAUGUACAUUGUAUAAGGGCUCAAAAGGUGAAGCGAAAAGUGUACAUAAUUCUUAAUAUUGCUCUAGGGAUUAUAAAUCAGGUUUAGAAUAAUAAUCAAUCUACUUUAACAUCGUUAUGUAUUGAGUAUAGCACAAGUCUGAGAGACAAAGCUGUAAAAUCGACAUUUGGAAAUCCAGUUGGAUUUUGUUCUACAGAGUUCUAUUUUAUACACAAAAAGCGCAGAAAUUUAUUGAACAUACUUCUGUCGAAGGCUUGUUUCUCCAAAUAGAUUAAAUGAAUUAGAUUAAAUUAUUAGAAAGGAGAGUGCACAGAACAAAACUAAUUGUUAUUAGAGCGAAAAAUACAGUGAUAUUUUACUUGAAACAUAUAAAUUUAUUUUCAAAAGCAUCAAAUUUAUUUUUGUACAAUGCAACUACAGGACAGGUUAUGUAAAAUAUUAUAUAAAUGUUUACUGAAAAUAUGUACUCGCCUGUUAAGUUUAACAUUACAUUUAAUUACAUUUUAUAAUAUGACAUAAAUUUUUAUUACUUUUUUUAUAUAUAAUCUACUUCAUUGUAUAAGGACUAGAAACAAGAAAGCCAUAUAAACAUGUGAUCAAUAUAUAAAUUUUGCAACUUGGAAUGGCUAAAUACAUGACAAUAGGUUUCAAGCUUUAUGUUGCAUGUUCUUUUUUCAGGUUUUCAUUUAAAAUAUUGUAUUUAAAAUAAGUUUAUAUACCACUUAAUAGAGAAGAACUUAACAGUGUCAACAAUAAAAGAAAUAAGUUUAAUAACAUUUUAAAUAGUAUCAUAAAUAAAUGUGCCAUCCAUUACUUGAAAAUUAUACAAUACUUUUAUUAAAUAUAUUUCAUGUAUGUCAAAUUUUCAAUAGCUUUCACGUUAUAAUGUUUUAAUAUUAGAAUGUCAUAAUAGAAAAUUAUGUAUAGAAUAUUAAAUCAUUAUGUAUCAUUAAAAUCUUUCAUCAGUUUAAAAUAAUAGAAUUUGAAUGAAUUCUGCGAGUUGUAUCAAGAGAUGGAUAGCACACUCGUUAUCGAAACAUUUCACUUUCAAUUUCGGUUACAGUUUCAUAGUAAUAAAGUGUACAUAAUGUAAAGAUAUUCCACUAGUCAGAGAGUGGCUACGAAAAUAUAAAAUAUACUUUUGAA